AUGCCUCCCGGAUCUGGGCAGAAGGGCACCGGCAAGAAGAACUCGGCCGCUAUGCAGAAACAGAGCCGAAACUCGACGCCGGUCCCGGCCCCAGCUUCGGCCCUUCCGCCACAAGAGUUUUACGACCCAGAUUACCUCGAUAUGAGAGUCAUCUUGUUUUCGAAUCUUACGUUUGACAAUUUGGUGGACCAAAGCGCCUCCAGCGCUCCAGUUCCUGAGUCGCGGAGCGUUGAUGCCAUGCUCGAAAAGCUCAAGACGCUGGUCAACAUUAUGGAAAAACGCUCCACUUUCUAUGACCGAGGAAUGAGAUAUCUCGCCGACGAAAGGAAAAAGCGCCCCGAGGAUAUGCGUAUCGACGUGAGGGAUCAAGACUCGAAGAGGCCCAAGCAUAAGAGAAAGAAGGGCACCGAUGCAGCCGGCGAGGAUCAAUCAUCUCCGCUAAGGGAUCCAAAGCGAAAGCACGCGCGCGACAACGACGACGCUAGCUCCUCGCUCUCCCCCAUAGCAGGAGGAGCAUCUCCCAACGCCAUGGAAACCGACGAGAAGCCCAAGAAAGAGGAAGAAGAGGAGGAAGAGAGCUCAGAAGAUGAAGGAGCACCUCCAAGGCGUGAACUCCCUCAAGCGCAAACCUUUGGCGAUGAUCCAUCGACGUUUCCAGACCCCACGGUUUACGAAAUUCUACCUACAUAUGAUGGAAUGCCCGAUGAGGAAAGAAAGAAGAUUUACUCUGUCGCCGUAUACCCCAAGAGCGACCUUGCCGACUUGAUUGCCGGCGACCCCCCGGACAAGGAUUUCAGUAAUACGAAACCAAGCAGUCAAAUCAACUUUUCAACGUUUUCGACAUAUAUUGAUCCAUAUUUCCGCCCAUUCUCCGAAGAAGACUUGGCAUUUCUGCGAGAGCGUAGUGAUCGCGUAUCGCCGUUUGUCAUGCCAAAGCGCGGCAAAAGACACUACACUGAAAUCUGGGCUGAAGAGGACGGCGCCAUGUCCAUCGACACACCUCAGCAGAAUCGUGACAAGCUGCCUCCAAACCAGCCUCGUGGUACCAUUGACAAUAUGAAUGAUAGUGUAGCUGAGACGGAUGCACUGUCCAUCGGCCCCCUUGCGACACGAUUGUUGCAGGCACUGCGCCCUGAGUCGCGAAUACCUUCGUCUGACGAUAAGCCUACCACUAACGGUAUCACAAAUGGCGACGUCAGCAUGAAUGGGGAUAUUAAUGGAGACGAACCGAAUGGAGUUGCGGAGGACAAAUCAAGCCCGGUACCCCCGGCUACGUUUAUGACCGAGUCAUCCUCCGAAGCAUGGAAAAAAGCUACACAUCCAAAGCUUGAAUAUGCCCAGGUUGAGGAGCGACUCAAGCAGGAGCUUCGUCAUAUUGGCUUUCUCCCUCAAGAAGGCAUUGAAACCGAAUAUGAUGGCCACUUUGAUGACGAGGUCGCGGGUAGACUGCGCUUACUGCAGGCCAGGCUGAAAGACCAGAUGCUCGUCAAUGGUGCGCGCAAAGCACGACUGAUGGAUGUGAUCAGGGAGCGGAUGGCUCAUCAGGAGUAUCAAACCAUUCUUGAGGAUCUGGAUUCGCAAGUCAACGCUGCAUACCUGAAGCGCACGCGAACAAUGGGCAAGAGCAAAAAGUCCAAGCGCCCUGGAGGCGCAGGCGGAGGCAGCCAUUUUGUUGGUGGAGCAGCUGGCAUGGCGCGGCCAGGAAUAGGAGACCUGACAAAGACGCUGAUGGAGCGGCGGAGGCGAUGGAUCGAUACGAUUGGAUCUGUUUUUGAUGGAGAGAAUUUGAACAAGGUUCCACGAGACGAAGACCCUGACAGCUCUAUCUUUAAGCCUGAACAGAUGGCCGAGCUAAUCAAGAAGGAGAAGGAUCAAUGGGACGACGAGAUUGAGGAGGAGUAA